AUGGCGGGGACUUUUGGUUCCGUGCUGCAAGCGCUGUGCGUGAUGCAGUGGAUGCUGACCUUCCUCUUCCUCGGGCCGGGCUCGGUGCUGGCGCUGCUGCUGCUGCUGAGGACGCGGCUCUGGAUCGUCCCCGUCACCUACGCGGGGUGGUGGCUCUGGGACUGGCACGGGCCCGAGCGGGGGCCCCGGCACUGGGACUGGCUGCGGAACUGGCGCCUCUGGGACCAUUUCUGUGACUAUUUCCCCAUCACGGUGAUCCGCGAGUGUCCCCUCCCCCCCGGGCGCAGUUACGUCCUCCCCGCCCACCCCCACGGCAUCUCCUGCAUCGGCGUCUUCGGGGCCUUCGUCACCGGGGCCCGCGGGGCCUGGGGUCCCUGCCCGGGGCUGCGCCCCAGCCUGGCCGCGCUGGAGGGGCUGUUCCGGCUGCCGAUCUACCGGGAGUACGCCAUGGCCGCCGGCCUGUGCCCGGUGAGCCGGCGCUGCCUGGACGCCGUCCUGGCGCGGGGGUCGCAGGCGCUGCUGAUCAUGGUGGGCGGCGCGGCCGAGGCGCUCGAGGGGACCCCGGGGCGUCACCGCGUCACCCUGCGCCGGCGCCGCGGCUUCGUGCGCCUGGCCCUGCGCCACGGCGCCCCGCUGGUGCCCGUGUACGUUUUUGGGGAGCAGGACGCCUUCACGCAGCCCCCCCUGGCCGAGGGGUCCCCCCUGCGCCGCCUCCAGCGGGGCCUGAAGAGGAUUUUGGGGUUCGCCCCCUGCAUCUUUUGGGGUCGGGGGGGGCUCCCCUUCCUGCCCUUCCGCGUGCCCCUCACCGUGGUGGUCGGGACCCCCCUGGAGGUGCCGCGGGUUCCUCGCCCCUCGCCCGAGUUGGUCGCCCACUACCACGGGCUCUACGUGCAGCGCCUGCAGGAGCUCUUCGAGAGGCACAAAGUGGCUUGUGGGGUGCCCCCCGAAACCCCCCUGAUCAUCGCCUGAACCCCCCAAAAAAACCCCAAAAAAACCAAAAAAAUCCCCAAAAAUUCCCCAAAAAAUCCCCAAAAAAUCCCCAAAAAUUCCCGCCCUCCCCAACCUCCCGGAAGCUUUCAAACCCCGCCCCCAAAAUUCGCGUUUUUCCGCCCCCAAAAAAUUGUUUGUGCAUCUCUAAAUUGUGGUUUUGUG